CAGUGGUGGAACUUGUUGUGUUUUUUUCAGUUGGAGAGGAAUGGCAGAAACGAGCAGAGCCGCGGUUCGGGUCGCAUGUUGCUCUUUCAGCCGGUUUUAACGUGGAAGGCGACGCAGGAUUCAAGCGCUUCAGCUGCUGCAGAAACUUUCAACCUCAUCUUUCCAUAUAGUUGUGAGUAAUGACGACAGAGCAGAAAGAUGUCGACACCACGCUGGACCCUCUGUUCAUCCAGAAGAGCGAGGAAGCGUACAGAAACCCCACCGAAGUGCAGAUGAGUCAAAUUGUGCUGCCCUGCCACGCAAACCACUGCGGGGAGCUGAGUGCCGGACAGCUGCUGAAGUGGAUGGACUCCACGGCCUGCUUAUCGGCUGAGAGACAUGCAGGUUGUUCAUGCAUCACUGCGUCGGUGGAUGACAUCAAUUUUGAACACACUAUUGGGGUGGGGAAGGUGGUCAACAUUAUAGCGAAGGUCAAUAGAGCCUUUACGUCCAGUAUGGAGGUGGGCAUACUGGUGACAUGUGAGGACCUUUACACUGACAGGCAGUGGAAGGUUUGCCACGCCUUCGCCACCUUUGUUGCCAGACGAACUGAAGCUGGGAAGGUCCAGCUGAAGCAGGUGAUUCCUCACACACAAAUGGAGCAGAUGGAGUACAGCCUGGCAGCCGAGCGGAGGAGGAUGAGGCUCAUCCACGCUGAGAUUAUCACAGACCUACUGAGCAGCAGCACAGCUCAGCUGGGAGAAUGUCAGGAGUAUCAGGACGCUGUGCCAGCUGAGCGGACACGAGUUGAGAGCGUGGAGCUGGUGCUGCCGCCUCACGCCAACCAUCAAGUCAGCACGUUUGGAGGCCAGAUCAUGGCCUGGAUGGAGAAUGUGGCGACAAUCGCAGCAUGUCGCUUGUGCAAUGCUCAUCCGACCCUGAGGACCAUCGACAUGUUCCAUUUCCGAGGCCCGUCUCACAUUGGAGACCGACUGGUCCUGAAAGCUAUUGUUAACAAUGCCUUCAAGCACAGCAUGGAGGUGGGAGUGUGUGCGGAGGCCUACCAGGGAGGAGAGCCUCUGCGCCAUAUAAAUAGUGCCUUUAUGACCUUCGAGGUGCUGGACAGUGACAGGAAACCACGCACGUUGCCACGACUACGACCUGAGCCUGUGGAUGGAAAAAGACGUUAUCAAGAAGCUAUUGCCAGGAAGAAGAUUCGUCUUGACAGGAAAUACAUUAUCACCUGCAAACAAACUGAAGUGCCCUUGUCUGUGCCCUGGGAUCCCAGUAACCAGAUGUACCUGAGCUACAACAACGUAUCGGCACUGAAACUAAUGGAUACCAGGAACAACUGGGUAUUAACUUCUGAGAAAAAUAAGGUCAGACUGUACACGCUGGAGGAAAACCACAUGCUUUGUUUUAAGGUGGAAAUGUAUGUCAGCGUCCCAGCAGAGCAGACGUUCCAUCUACUGUCAGAUCUGAGGAGGAGAAAGGAGUGGGAUCGCCAUUAUGAGGAGUGUGAUCUGAUCAACCAGGCGGAUGAGGAUGACACCCUUUAUCGCAUAGCUACACCCUCCGUCAGAAAAGGAGGCAAAGGGCAGGACUUUAUCUUGCUGGCGUCUAGAAGGAAACCAUGUGACUCCAGCGACCCGUAUCUGAUCGCUCUGCGUUCUGUCACUUUGCCCACUCACCCGCCCACUGAGGACUACACCAGGGGAGAGGUGCUCUGUGCUGGCUUCGCCAUCUGGGAGGAGUCCAGCACUCUCACCAAGAUCACCUACUACAACCAGGCCACACCGGGCGUCCUCCCCUACAUCUCCACAGACAUCGCUGGACUCUCCUCGGGCUUCUACAGCAGUUUUUGUGCCUGCAGCCAAUUCCUGGAGGCCAACAAGGACAGCCCGGCUGCUCUGCCGCCUUCUGCACCCUACAGCAGUCCUUCCACUCUCUACCUGCAAGAGGAAAUGUAGCAUCAAUAGGAACGUAUAGCGUCACCUCACGGUUUUCAUCUUGUGUUGUGGAGGAGGUUUGCACUAAUUGAAUGUAACUGUACAGUUCUGAGAUCACAUAGAGCAAUGGAUUUGUAAUUUCUGGAUUAUUUUUUAAAGAACUUGCCUCUUGUUUGCAACAGCAAGAUUAACAGGUAUGAAGCAAGUACAAUGUUUCUGAGGCGCUCUUGGAUUUUAAGCCUCUUAAGUUUUAUUAGAGCCGAUAUAUUAUGGAAAACCUUCUGUGCAAUACUAAUUUAAAGAGAAAUGGAUCAUGUUUUGAUACAUAGUUUGAAAUAUUUAAUACAACUUUUGUCUUGAGAUAUUUUUAAUGAUAUUGCCAGUAUUUCAAUAAACUAAAAUGAGGAUAAAAUUACUUUAAGCUGAGAUGUUUGAACCCUUUGUUGUAGUUUAGUUUGUAUCACCUUAAAUAAAAUCUAAACUAUUUGACUAAACCUUAAAAUAACAGAAAUUUAACAUGUAUAUUUACUGUAAAAUGAUGGUGUCUUGUUUUGAGAUGAUUAUGUAUAGUUUUGCAGAAAUGUGCUUGAACGGAUUGUAUAGUAUUUGGACAUUGAAUGGCCAGAAAUCUUUCACGAGAAACUGUCUUGAUCUGACUGAAACAAUAAACACAAUGGACCAGUGGA